CUCCAUUCCCUCAAUCGUUCUAUAGAAGGGCGUAUCUGCGGGUGGCCGGUACAGUUUGUCACUGUCUUUCUACCUCACCGGCUUUUUGUGCUCUUGCCUGCUUUGUCUCUCCACUCCACGACUCGUCAUUCUCUCUCCUCCGCCGUCAUUUAUAUACAGAACCCCCCACUUUACAGCGCUGAUGAUUUGACGAGACCGACGAAUUUCCUACUGUAUUUCUAGUUAUCCAACUAUCGCGCUAUUCGAAACACUCUGUGCAAAUACAUUUCCUUCGUCGACGGGCCUCCGGCUGGUUAUCUGGGUUGGACAUCUGAUAUUGCAUUAAUUGUAACGGCCAUUCUGGAUUUGAUAUCCCGGUUUUGCUCAAGCUUUGACUUCAUUAUGGCUUCAGAUAUCCCUAAAGUUGUGCCUUUAACUUGUCACGGACACUCUCGUCCUGUGCCCCAUAUUAGUUUUUCGUCCACGGUGGAGGACGACCAAUACUAUCUUGUUUCUGCCUGUAAAGACAACAAUCCCAUGCUUCGGGAUGGUAUCACUGGUGAUUGGAUUGGCACCUUCCUCGGUCAUAAAGGAGCGGUCUGGCAAGCUCGCCUCUCAACCGACGCGAACAUAGCCGCAACUGCAGCAGCAGACUUUUCUGCUAAAGUCUGGGACACUCACACGGGCCAAUGCCUUCACACCCUCCAACAUUCCCACAUAGUCCGAGCGGUCGCAUUCCCCCUUCAACCUUCUCCUCAAGUUCUCGCAACCGGCGGUUACGAGAAGAAACUCCGAAUCUUCGACCUGACACGCAGCGGCAGCAACAGCUCGUCCCCCACAGCCUCAUCAGCGCCUCCCGCCGAAGACGGAACUUCCUCUGCAACGAGCUAUGAAAUCGGUCCCGGGGCUCACGGUGGCACCAUUAAGUCCAUCGUCUGGAAUCGGGACUACAACAUCCUAACUACAGCUGCCGACGACCGUAAAAUCCGCUGGUGGGAUCUUCGCUCCCGCCACCCGGUCGUCGAGUAUCCCGUCGAGGGCAACAUCGGCAGCUGCGAACUGAACACCCUCGCAACCCGCCCCAACGAUACCGGUAUCCUUUCUGUUGCUGCAGGAAAGAGCGUCUACCUUUUCGAUGGACAUACUCCUGGAAGACUCCUCAAGAAGAUUGACUUCGGGUACGAGGUUGCCAGCGCGGCGGUGAACAAUGAUACGGCCCGUUUAGUUACUGGCAGCGCGGACGACACCUGGGCACGUGUAUACGACUUGCACACAGAUGAUGAGCUCGAAGUCCAAAAGGGCCAUCACGGCCCUAUCUGGUCAGUGAGCUUCUCGCCCGACGGUAAAUUAUACGGUACUGGAAGUGAAGACGGAACGAUCAAGCUCUGGAAGGCAUGCAGAGAGCCGUAUGGUCUUUGGCGCUGA